AUGUUCUCAUUCCUCAUCCAUCCCAUUGGCCCUGCAAUACCUUACUUCAAUCUCGGAGACAGUUCCUCCACAGCCACAACUUCUCAUGACCUCAACUACUUCCGAUGGCUAGACUUCCAGCUCAGUAGUUCGGUCCUGUACAUAUCCUUGGGAAGUGUUCUCUCAGUUUCGAGGGCACGGACGAAAGAACUUGCAGCUGUGUUGCGUGUCAGCGGCGUUCGGUUUUUGUGGGUGGCGCGUGGAGAGACUACACAGCUUAGAGAAAUGUGUGGGGAGAUGGGGUUGGUGGUGCCUUGGUGUGAUCAAUUGAAGGUGCUGUCGCAUCUUCUGUAG